AUGCGCUGGAGGAAUCCUGCUGCAUCACGAGCACGCUUUUGGCCUCCUUGCAGAAAGCACAAUGGGCACGCGCCCCAGGGUAACACAUCCUUUGUCGUCGUUGGCAUUUUCGACCCUGAGGCAUUUCACGCGCAUGUGCCUGUGGACGGCUGUAUCUUGAGCCCCUUCGUGGAGGUCUUCCGAGAAGGUAGCAAUGACGGCUACGGCUUCUUAGCGUCGCCUGUGAAGCUGCAAGGGGUGUGUAGUGUCGCCAUGUUCAACAUGAACCCACGGGUCAGCGAUAGUCCGCUGGAUGCUCCCAGAGAUUUCAAGACGUACUGCCACCAGGUGAAGCUGAAGUUCCGUUCCGUGGCCACUGCCGCACUGGAGAUGGGCGCAGAGGUGCUGGUGUGCCCCGAUGUGGGCUGCGGUGUCUUCGGGAAUGACCCACAGGUUUUGGGAACGAUGCUGGGCCAAGUCCUCCGUGAACCCAAGCUGGCCAAGCUCGAGGUGCUCCUCACAGGUCAGGUGGCCUUUGCAGAAGCGGUGAAGCUGGCCGCCACCGGUGCCCAGGUGGACCUGGCCCCAGCGCCGGCGGCAUACUUUGCACAGGUCUAUGGCAAACAGUCUCCGGCCAAAGCUCGAGGUGGCUACCGAGCGCCUCAGGAGCCCAUGAUCGUGGCCACGGUGGUGAAACCAGUGGAUGCCACCCGAGGCGCUUCGGGUGCGCCUGCCGGAGCCACCCACGCCGCUGUGGGGGGUGGUUCUGGAGUGACUGCAGGUGCACCUGCCCAGGUCGCGCCUGCUGGCCCCUCCGGACGUGCCUCACCGGGUGUGGCAGUGCCCACGGCUGCACCCGAGCUGCUGCCUGUCACGGCCAAAGGGCGUUCCUGUGCCUUGACGCUGAAAGCGGCCUUGGAAGAUACCCAGCUUCGACCAGAGGUGGUGCACCUCGUCGGUUGCGGCGAUGCCGAGAGGUCCAUGGACUGGCAGGUGCUGAGCGAUGCGUUGCCGUCCAAAGCACGGGUGGUCUUAGUCGGCCCGCAUGGCUUGGGCGCUGCUGCAGCGCCCAAGGAGGAGCUGCUGGGCCCUUACUCCUGCUGCGACCUGGAAGUGUGUGUCUUUCCGCACACCUACCAGCGUUUCAUGAUCCAGGAGUUUGAGCCACCUCAACUGGUGGUGCUUUUUCAUCCAGGUCUGGAUGUCCAUUACUUCACCUGGUACCCGUGCAUCAGGCAGUGGACGGAGCAGAAGAUCCCCCUGCUGAUCACAGCCUACCGAGUUCCGGGAGGCCUGGGAGAGACACCACAAACAGUCCGGACUUUCCUGGAAUGCCUGGUGGGGACUGGAGGUGGACAAGGCCUAUGGGUGCUUGAGGAGGAGAACCCUCAUGUCGCUGAAAACGGCUCUUUCAAUGCAGGAUACUUUGUCAGCCUGGGAUCUCAAGGGGCACUUCCUAUUCAGGCAGAGGAGAUGUAUUGGCCGCUCUUCCAAGCUUUGGGGAAGAUCGGGCACCCCUUUGCUCCUCGUGUAGGUGCAUGUCCUGGGGACGGCGGCUGGGAUGUCGUGGGGAGGAAGCAGCCUUGGCAUGGAGGAGUUUGA